AUUUACAAACGAGUGAGGGAUAGGCGAUACAGAAGCGAAUACGCUGAAAACGUUGAUUAAAAAAUAAAAAAUAAAAAAAAAAAAAGAUAAUGCUUGCUCUCCGUAGAAUUAUUAUCCCUUACUCAACUCUCGCCUUCCCCGUUGUCAUCAAAUUUUCGCCUCCGAAGAUGCAGGCUAUGGCUACGAGCUCCGACGCGAUAGAGCUCGAGGAGGAGAAGGAGGGGGAGGAGGAGAAGAAGAAGAGGAAUAUUUUUGUAGCGGGGUCGACGGGGCGGACUGGCAGGAGAAUCGUGGAGAAGUUGCUGUCCAGAGGGUUUGCCGUCAGGGCGGGCGCCACCGACCUCGACAGGGCCGGAAGCAGCCUCCCUCAGAGCCCCGACCUGCAGCUCGUGAGGGCCGACGUCACGGAGGGGGCGGACAAGUUGGCCCAGGCGAUUGGCGGCGCCGACGCCGUGGUUUGCGCUACAGGAUUCAGGCGAUCGUGGGAUCUUUUUGCCCCCUGGAAGGUAGACAACCUCGGCACGGUGAACCUCGUGGAGGCAUGUCGGAAAGCUGGGGUGAACAGAUUCAUACUUAUCAGUUCAAUUCUGGUCAAUGGAGCGGCGAUGGGCCAAAUCCUGAAUCCAGCUUAUAUUGUUCUCAAUGUGUUUGGACUGACAUUAAUAGCAAAACUGCAGGCCGAGCAAUACGUUAGAAAAUCUGGUAUUAAUUACACAAUUAUACGACCCGGCGGCUUAAGGGACGAACCCGCUGCUGGAAAUAUAAUCAUGGAACCGGAGGAUACGCUCUAUGAAGGUUCAAUAUCCAGAGAUCAGGUGGCAGAUGUUGCAGUCGAAGCGUUGGAGUGCCCAGAGUCCUUCUACAAAGUUGUUGAGAUUGUUGCACGUGCUGACACUCCAAAUCGCUCAAUCAAGGAUUUAUUCAGUUCUAUCAAGCAAAAGUAAUCUCUUCUGAUCGAUGAUAUAUAGUAUUGUGUGAUUAUGGUUUAUCCCUUCUUUUUUUCCCAUUUGAGUUACAUUUCUCCCCUGUAUCUUUGAUUGUUAAUAUGGAUGUCAAGAAGAGCUGUUGCAGAGUGAUAAAUUUGGCAUGUAUUAUAGGUUGAGAUUUAUAUUGUGAUAAUUGUCAAGAAAAAGCAUCAAUAAGCAAGCCAUAAUUGGAGAUAUUAUUAUUCACCAUGUA